UGGAAAAUGCAACAGAGAGCGAAUCAAUGGCAAUCGCCAUAAAGAUGCACUGGGUCUCCUCCUCCAUCGUAGCUUUGAUCUUUGUUAUUAUUGGAAUCGCUGGAAAUGUCCUAUCUCUCAUCAUAUGGAGUAAGAAGACUAUGCGUUCAUCUACAGGGACGUACUUAAUUUUUCAAGCGAUCGCAGAUGUGUUUGUUCUACUGUUCUUUGUGCUUUGUGACAGUCUUGGCCAGAUUCACCCUGUUAUUUUGGGAGACAAAACUUACGGCGAGUUCUUUGCUUACUUUGGUUACCCAUUCUUCUUUCUGUCAGUGAUUGUAAGUAUUUGGAUGCUUGUUGGUGUUACUGUGGACAGAUACCUUCAGGUCUGUUGGUCACACAGAUCCCAGGAAUUUUGUUCUCAACGAAGAGUUUAUAUAGGAGCAGGAUCCAUUUUCCUUCUCUGCUUCAUCAUUAAUAUUCCACACUUUAAAACAUUUCAACCAUUGGAUCCACCAAAGGAAGGUAGAGCAUUCACCUUUACAGAAUAUGGGGGAGGCGAGGGAAGUAAACACUAUGAGUUUUGGGUGCAUUGUAUGUUCCUUGUCCUUGCACCCUGGGUCGCAGUUUUUACCUUCAAUAUCCUAAUCUUGCGGAAGGUUUUUGAAUCAAACAAGAAAACAAAGCUAGGGAAAGAAAAGACAAGAAGAGCAGAGGCCCAGCUGACGCGUCUUUUAUUAACGGUGACCUUCACCUUCCUAUUUUUAAUCAUAUUCCAGUGCCUCACGCAAUGUGUCUACAUGCUGAAACCAGAAAGUGUUAACUAUCGCAUGGUGGACGAGGCUUUCUCCAUCGCUAAAUUAGGCAUAGUCAUCAAUUCCUCCAUCAACUUCUUCUUGUAUUGUUUGAGCGGAAGGAAGUUCAGAAAAGAGUUGAAGAGUCUGUGUUUUCCACAGAAAUCCCACCUUAGUCUCGACAGAACCAGCUCGUUACAUAGCACCAGUGGGACUGGAUCUACUACACUUUAACAUGACAGUAAACUAUACAGGAAUAAUUCCAACAAUAAUGUAAUGUUCCGUAUGAGAAAGUUUGUCAUUAUGUUCGAGUGAAUGCGUAGAAAACUUUUGACACGUAAUAUUCUUUAUCAUGUCCCCCAAAGAAGUUUCGGAACAUAUUGUUUUUACUUUUUUCGUAUUUCUUCCUGGCACCAUUUUGUUUGCGAGUGUUUUCGAAAGCUACUCAUCCGCUUUAGAUAAAACCUUUUUAAAGUCAGCAGGUAUAUUGUGUAGAAUUGCGGAACGAGGGUUAUCUUGUUCACGUAUACAUUCAUGCGAGCGAAGUUUGAAAUGCCUGAUAUAUUGAAAUUACUUUAACUUUCAUUUUUCUUUAUGAAAAGAUUUGAAAUUCGGUAUAUAAACAUACAUUAGGAGUGUGGACAUGUCAAGACUGAAUUAGCAUGUGUUUUGGCUCUGAUUACCUGACGCAGAAAUUUCGAUAUAUUCUGAGGUUCUACAAUAUAAUAUAUAUAAAUCUUGAAAACACACACAUACAUGUGUACUCCAGUUUGGCUGGCUGAAUUUGAAAACUGACAAAAAUUCCCUUAUUCUCAUCAUGCACGUGCGCUGAAAUCUAACUGGCUUAUCUCAUUUUUCGAAAAAAAUACAUAUGAAAAUAAAGUGAAGAUCUAUAUCACAAGAUCUAUAUCACAAAAUUACACCUAAUUGAAUGAAAUCUGCAGGACUCUGGCAACAUAAGCAGUUGGGGUGCCGUUUUUGUACACAUGAAAUAGUCCCCUCUAUAAUAAGCAUUAGUUAUUAAUUUGAUUUCCCGGUGUACUCUUAAUGUUAAUUUCUUAAUAUAUAUGUGUAAUUUAUUUCCCAACCUGUUGAGACAGGCUUCUCAUGAAGUCAUACAUGUAACUAAUGUUUUCAGAUUUCGAUAAUAUGUUUUUUGUUUGUUUGUAUGUUGUUUAACGUCCCUCUCGAGAAUUUUUCACUCAUAUCGAUAAUAUGUAAUACAAGGUCAUCAUAUUCU